AUGAUAUUUGGUCUGUCACGACAUGAAUUGGUUAGAAACAUCGUUCGCGACAAGGUUCAUUCCCUGACUAGUUACUUCAUGAGCCAGGUUGACGUCGAUUACGAUCGUGACCUUGAUUCUAGUCUCCUUUCAGUAUCUAGAGGAGUAGUGCGACAUGUAUUAUCGCUGUGCGUAAGCCAAUCAAGCGUUAUUACGAGAUCUAAAUUGUCACUGCUGAUUCGCACAGUGGCGAGUAAAGAGGCUGGGGGACGGUUCAAGUUUGCAUCAGUGUAUAACCGUAUGAAUUGUAUUUUCAAGGACACUUUUGGCUACGAAUUGGUUGGCGUGUCGGCAAGAAACUCGCAAUCAGAGGCAGCGAAUUCUAACAACUUGGGAGACAAAGCACAGGCUUUCAUGCUGGUGACGAAUCUUCCAGAACCUCCAGCAGCCUUCCAAGCGCUGCUGCUACAGGAGGGAUGUCAAAUAUACAAGUCGCGCGUCGUGGACGACGAGUACAUCGGUUGUGAUCUCCAGAUGAUCUCCGAGUCUGUAAUGCAGAAAUCAGUCUCUACAGAAGCUCAGUUGGUGAGCCAAGGUCUGACAUUUGUGGUUCUUGCCGUUGUACUCUUUUCAAAGAACAACGUUCUUUUGCAGGAACUCACGCAUAGUCUCCAGAAGUUUGGUGUGCCCGUGAACGAAGGUCGAAUUCCGGUUCUCGAAAUGACGCUUGAAGACUUUCUUAAUCAACUGGUAAAGCGCGACUACUUGCACAGGAUCGAGGAACGAGCGCGAGAUGGAGCGCAGGAAGCCGUGUUUUUCCGCGUGGGGAGCAGAACUCAAGUCGAAUUCGACAAAUCUGCACUCAUUGGGAUGUGUAGCGAGCUCAUGGAACUGGGCCCAGAGCAGAUUCAAAGGCUAGAAACUACUAUAGACCUAAGCAUCGGAGACUCCUACAACAGCGGGAGCUGA